CGCUCGCGCUGAGAGGCUGCCGUUCCAGUCCCCCCGCCCCCCUUUUCAGCACACAUUUUAUUAUUGCCCCAAUGGCUAGAUUGAAGCCCUGGGCGGUUUGCUGCUUCGUCCUGGCUGGUUUAACGGGCGCAGUUGCUCUGGUCUGUCUGUGCAUCUUCCCAGUAGCGGACAGAAAGUGUCCCGCCGGCGCUUUUACGCACGCGGCCGUUUCUGCGGACUCGCUCCGCUGCUCCGAGGUUGGCAGGAGCAUGCUCCAGCAAGGGGGGUCGGCAGUAGAUGGCGCCAUUGCAGCUCUUCUGUGCACGUCUGUGGUCAACCCUCAGAGCAUGGGGAUUGGAGGAGGAUCUAUAUUAACCAUUAGAAAUACAAAAGGCAACGUCAAAGUCUACAACUUCAGAGAGACCGUCCCGAAGGCGUUCAAGAAGAACCUGUUAGAUGACUGUCCCAAAACAUUCGGGCUGACCGUAGGCAGCCAAUGGAUCGGCGUUCCCGGGGAGCUGCGCGGCUACGAAGCGGUUCACAAACAGUAUGGGAAGCUGCCUUGGGCCAAGCUGUUUGAGCCAACGAUCAAACUGGCCAGGGAGGGCAUCUCUCUGCCGGCGUUCCUGGGAAAACUUCUGCAGAUCGGCCUUGUGAAAGAUCACGUGGAGAAGUCCUCUCUCUGUGAAGUUUUGUGCAACAAAAACAAAACUGUUCUGAGCACAGGAGACAUUCUGAAGUUUCCUAAACUUGCAGAAACAAUGCAAACAAUUGCAGCCGAAGGGGCAGAAGCCUUCUACACGGGCAAGAUAGGACAUGAUCUAAUCCAAGACAUAGAAGCUGCAGGUGGGACUUUGAAAAAGGAGGAUCUGCAGUCCUUCCAGGUGCGUGUGGAGGACGCAUGGACAGUUCCUGUCGGAGACGCUAAGAUUUACGUCCCUCCACCACCUGCCGGGGGCCCCCUGCUUGCCUUCAUCCUAAGACUGAUGAAAGGGUUCCCCUUGUCCCCAAACUCCCUGGUUGGUGACGAGAAGAUCCUGACAUACCAUCGUUAUAUUGAAGCAGCUAAAUUUACUAACGGACAAAGGAGCAGCAUCAGUGAUCCUGUCUUUAAUGAAAAAAAGAGUGCAGAUCAUUUGAACAAUGCCUCCUUCAUUAAUCGCAUCAGGGGCAUGAUCCUUUCCAACAGCUCCUUUGAAAACUCUUACUACUUUAAUGCCAAGCCCUCCAGGGACCACGUGGGGACGACGCAUGUCUCCAUCCUGGAUGAAGAUGGACUGGCCGUCUCUGUGACCAGCACCAUAAACCAAUUGUUCGGAGGAGGCAUCUACUCUCCACGGACGGGCGUCAUCCUCAACAAUGAGCUGAGUGACUUCUGUGGGAGAGCCACGACCGUGCGGGCAGGUGAGCAGCCUCCUUCCUCAAUGAUUCCAGUGAUAGUGGAGUCAAAGUCUGGAGGACUCCUCGUGAUUGGUGGAUCGGGAGGAAGCAUGAUUACCUCGGCGGUGGCCAUGUCUAUGAUGAAUCGCCUGUGGCUGGGGAUGAAUCUGAAAGACGCCAUUGCUGCGCCUAUAGUGUUUGUGGAUUCCAGCAAUGGUGUGAACUUUGAGCCUGGUUUCGACAAGUCUGUGGAAGAUGGCCUCUUAGGUUUUGGACACAAGUCAGGAAACUGGAGAUUCUUCUUCAAUGUAGUCAAUGCGGUGGAAAUGGAGAACGGAUGCAUAGUGGCUGUAUCGGACCGCAGGAAGGGUGGGAUGUCAGCAGGAUACUAACCACAAAGACCACAAAACAAAAAUGCCCUAAAGACUGACUGAACCUUCAGCCUUAAGAACAUUGAAUGUGCCAGUAACGAAAUGUGAUAAACGUAGUGCUUCUUUUUUGAUGAGCUAAAAACCCACCAUACAUCUUUCUAGGGAUGUUGCCAUAUCUCACCAAUAAACUAUAUAACUAAAACGUAAGCCUCAAAUUGUAAGAGUACAGACUUCUUUUGAGUCACGAAAACAUUUUCAAUACAGCAUCACGUCACAUUGUCAUCACACACACACACACACACACACACACACACACGCGCGUCAUUCCAGCACGAGGAUGCUACUGGUGAGAUCUGCUUUCACUUGCUGCAGGAUUGCACACAUACCAACAC